AAACGGAAUUUUGAAAUAGUCAAAAAGUCACGUACUAAGUUUCAGUGUAAAUUUCGGUGGCUUGAUAACUAAUCGUUAAUAAUUUAUUUCCUUAUAAUGGCCGACAAUAAAAAAAACAUACUAGCCGCUGACGACACCGUUUGCCUGUUCUUGCAGACUAUGUUCUAUAUAAAAAGCGAGAUCUAUGCAUCCGUUCAGGAGAUACCUUCCAACAAAUAUACAUUUAAACAAUCGGAUUUAUAUUAGUAGUAUAUGCGAGUAAAUUUUGUGAAAAUAAAGUGAAGUGUAGCUAAUGUACUAUAGUUAUAUAAGAAAUUGUGUUCUAAUAGAAAUUAACGAAUUUUAUCGUGUUUAAAUUGGAUUCCAGUGAAAAUACAUUAAUAUUAAGUAUGUGUCGUAUUAGACUUUGUGACGUCACGAUGCAUGCGGAACAUGGAAGAAACAUUGGAUAGAGGUGCACAUAGCGAUAGAAAUGGUCUAUGGUUUGGACCUCGACUUGGUAAAAGAUCGCUUGCUCUAUCUUCUGAAGACAACAGCCAAAAGUUCCUCCGAUUAUUGGAAGCAGCGGAUACCUUGAAAUAUUAUUACGAUCAGUUACCGUUUUACGAAUCUCAAGUGGACGAGCCGCAGAAAGUUAUCAAGAAAGUUAUUUUCACACCUAAAUUGGGUCGUAGUUUGGAAAGGAACGAAGAGAAAAGAGUUUAUGAAAACGUAGAGUUCACUCCACGACUUGGUAGACGAGUUCCUGAUUCUGCAACGACACCUGAACAAGAAAUUUCUGGCCGUGAUCGAGUUGAUAUCAGAUCUGAAUAUUUCUCACCGAGAUUGGGACGCACUGUACACUUUUCUCCACGUCUUGGCAGGGAGCUGGCAUAUGAACUUUAUCCUGAGAACAUCAGAGUGGCAAGAAGUGUUAACAAUACUAAAUCGAAUUAACCACAAAGAAGAUUAAAAAUGACGACGUAAAACAGAAGAGAGAUAGAGACAUGUUUAAC